UGAUAUUGAUGAGGUGAUAGCAAUAAAUCCUGAGUUAUCAAAAGGACUACCUGCUGCAGACGUGAAAGAGAACCUUCCUUUGCAAGAGAAUGUAACUGUACAGAAACAGAAGCGUAGAACAACCCUUUCAAAAAUUCCUGCUCCACGGGAAGUUGCAACAGUGACAACUAAUGUCUCUGCAGCUGAGCAGAAGAUUCCAGCUGUACGUGGCCGUUCCAGAAUGUCUGUUAUCACGGAAUCUCAGUGCAACCUCCAGGAAAAUGAGAUGGGAGUGGAUCCCUGCAAUUCUACACAAACCAGAAACAAUUCAUCAGUUCCUGCUGGACGAACCAGGACUGGCAGGCUGAGCUGUGCUCCAGAAGCCUCACUGACAAAUGUAAAUGGAAAUACAGAGGACAAUCUGCCUGCUGCUAGAACAGUCUCUUCAGUGAGCCCAGUUCGGAGAAGAUCUAACAUUGUGAAAGAGAUGGAGAAAAUGAAAAACAAGAGAGAAGAAAAGAGAGCUCAAAUUAGUGAAAUCAGGACAAGGCGUGCACAGGAAUUUGACAGCAGCUGUCCAAACUGGGAGUUUGCACGGAUGAUCAAGGAAUUCAGAGCAAAUCUAGACUGCCAGCCAAUAUCUAUGAAUGACCCAAUAGAAGAACAUAGGAUUUGUGUCUGUGUGAGGAAGCGCCCUCUCAAUAAACAAGAACUUCUGAAAAAGGAAUGUGAUGUGAUUACUGUUCCAAGCAAGUGUGUCCUGCUGGUGCAUGAGCCAAAGCAGAAAGUGGACCUAACAAAAUACCUUGAAACCCAAGCAUUUAGAUUUGACUUCUCAUUUGAUGAAUUCUCAUCUAAUGAAAUGGUAUACAGGUUCACUGCUAGACCUCUUGUAGAGACCAUCUUUGAGGGUGGGAAGGCAACAUGCUUUGCAUACGGCCAAACAGGCAGUGGCAAGACACAUACUAUGGGUGGUGAUUUCUCUGGGAGAGCACAGAAUGCCUCAAAGGGCAUAUACGCUUUUGCAUCACAAGAUGUCUUCCUCCUACUAAACCAGCCCAGGUACAAGAGUCAGGACCUGGAAGUCUAUGUGACUUUCUUUGAAAUAUACAAUGGCAAGGUGUUUGACCUUUUGAAUAAGAAGGCAAAGCUUCGAGUCCUGGAGGAUGGCAAGCAGCAGGUCCAGGUUGUUGGUCUUCAAGAGAGACAAGUUGGCUGUGCUGAGGAUGUCAUCAGAAUGAUUGAGAUGGGCAGUGCCUGCAGGACAUCUGGGCAGACUUUUGCGAAUGCUAGCUCUUCACGGUCACACGCCUGCUUCCAAAUCAUACUACGCCGAAGAGGGAAACAGCUUGGCAAAUUUUCCUUGGUAGAUCUGGCAGGAAAUGAGAGGGGUGCAGACACAUCUAGUGCUGAUCGGCAGACACGAAUGGAAGGUGCAGAAAUCAAUAAGAGCUUGCUGGCUUUGAAGGAAUGUAUCCGAGCUUUAGGGCAGAACAAAUCUCAUACCCCUUUCCGGGAGAGCAAGCUGACCCAGGUGCUGAGAGACUCUUUCAUAGGAACAAACUCAAGGACCUGCAUGAUAGCAAUGAUUUCUCCAGGCAUGAGUUCAUGCGAGUACACCUUAAACACACUGAGAUACGCUGACAGAGUGAAAGAGCUCAGCCCUCAUAAUGGAGGUGGUGAAACACAGAAUCAGAUGGAGACUGAGAAUGAGGGAACAGACACCAGUGGAGAAGGCUCAGGUCACAAUCUCUUCAAGGAUGAGGAGGAAGAUAUGUCUCCACACAUGUUCAACUUCCGUGAAGCUAUGACUCAAAUUAGUGAACGGGAGGAGAAGGUUAUAGAACAGCUUAGAGAACUGAGACAGAGAAUGACCACUGAAGUUGACUACCUCUUGGGAAUCACAGAGCAACCAGACUAUGAUCUUGAGACCUUUGUGAGCAGAGCUAAGCACUUUGUAGAGGAGAGCUCAAGAAACUUCCUUGGUGUCAGAGAAACAUUGGAUGCCCUGGGUGCUGCCAUGCAACUGGAGGAGCAAGCCAGCAGGCAGAUGAGCUGGCAGAGGCCUUAGUAAAUACAGCAAAACCUGGUUCACAAGCAGUCUUCUGUAUGUCUUGCACAUUUGUUGGUGGUUUGUGUAACUCCUGUUCUAAAUGUGGUAGAGUG